CAUGCAGCACCCUGCUCCUCUGAUGCUGCUGCUGCUGCAUGUGUUGGACUUACAAAGAGAGCUGCUCACAUGCUCAUGAAAACACCGGCUGUGAACUCGUGAAUCCGCCCUUCCCUGCUACAACUUCACCGUAGCACACUGCCUCUUGUCUUCUCGGCGAGGCACAAUUUGAAUCACAUACCUGACCUCACAAAUCCGUGCCACACACACCACUAAUCCCUGGAUCCUCACAGAAGGACCAUGGUAUCUGGGACGGUGUUGCCAGGGGGAAGGUGGCGCCUGGGACCUGUUGGAAAUGACAGCUAAAGAAGGAGGAUUGAAGCACAGGGAUCACAAUAACAGUAAACGUACAAGAUAGCGAAGAAACUGCCUCGCAGCACUGUGUAAAGGAGAUGGAGUCCCUGAUGAGUGCGGUGGCACCGCGCUCCCCAGCCCCCGCCAAGAAGUCGUCAGAGGUGGACUUCCGGUCGGGGGCCACCCUGGAUCAGCUUUCGUCACAGGUGUCUGAGCUAGUCAUACUGGAACAGGGAGAGUUCGGAGACCAGACCGCCUUAGAGGUCCACACUGCCAAGGAUUUUAUCUUCAACAUGCUAGGCUUAGUCCAGAAGGUAGACCAGCGCCUUCCGGUGGCUAACGAGUACCUGCUGCUGUCAGGUGGAGCCAGGGAGGGAGUCCUGGACCUGAACCCAGAGGACCUGGGGGACUACGCCAGAGGGGCCGACUUCGACUUGGACUUCACCCUGCUGGUUCCCGCCCUCAAGCUCCACGACCGCAACCAGCCUGUCACCCUGGACAUGAGGCACUCCCCGCCGUGCCACUCCUGGCUCAGCCUCCGCCUCUGCGACUCCAACGUCCUCUCCCGCUGGAGCAUCUGCUGCCAGGAGGAGAAUGGACUUAUCCAUGAGGAAGAUGAGGAGGAGGAGGGCGGAAUGGGUAAAAGCUCCAUCCCCUCCCUGGGCUCUCCUCAGUCUCUGGAUGGCUGCUACUUCUCUCCCUCUCUGGUGACAGACUGGUUCUGGGGGGUGGUGAGUGAGGCUGUGGACGAGCUGAGACGCAGCCCCCAGAGAGGCAUCCCCAUCCCGGACCGGCUGGAGAGGAACGGGCCUCUCACCACUAUCAUCCUCCAGGCGGGCUCCAGCAGGGUGCUGUACGACCUGCUGCCCGUGGUGUCAUUCCGGGGCUGGCCCGCUGUAGCCCAAGGCUGGCUGACCGCCAACCACUUCUGGGACGGUAAAAUCACAGAAGAGGAGGCCAUAUCUGGCUUCUAUCUGCUGCCCUGCUGCUCCCCGCUGGGUGGUCGGCCUGACAGGGAGUGGAGGCUGGCGUUCUCACGCAGCGAGGUCCAGUUAAAGAAGUGCAUCCCCUACCCCAUGGCUCAGGCUUUUCAGGCGGCUAAAGCCGUGCUGUCUCGUAUCCUGGCCCGACCCCGCACAGGCCUCAGCCUCUACCACCUGCGCACCCUUCUGUUCUGGGCCUGUGACCGACUCCCCGCCGCCUACUUGUCCUGCCCCGACCCCGACACCCCCGGCCGCCUCCUCCUGGGUCUCCUGGACGACUUGGCUCACUGCAUUCUGGGUAAAAACUGCCCAAACUACUUCCUGCCGCAGUGCAACAUGUUGGAGCACCUGACGGACAGCCAGGCGCUGCUAGUCGCCAGGAAACUCGCCCACGUGCGCUCGGAUCCCAGCGAGCACCUGCGCGCGGCCCUGGACCAGGCGCAGCAGGCGGGCCAUCUUAAGAAGGAGCUGACGGCUAGCACCAACGGCCACGGAUCCCCGGGGCACCACCCGGCCAACGGCAUCAUCUCGCCUUCAGAGGACAAGCUGGCACAGCGGCUGCAGCAGCUGGUCACCGAGAACCCUGGGAAAUCCAUAUCCGUCUUCCUCAACCCAGAUGAUGUCACCAGGCCGCACUUCCGCAUCGAUGACAAGUUUUACUAAUGAAGACAUGCUGCUAAUGAGAUACGUGGAAGUAUGUCUGCUUAGCUCUGAGAGAUCAAACACCAGAGAUGAUCCUCUAGACUCUGAACAGAGCAACAACGCCGUGCUGCUUGACCAACUUUUUUCAAACCAAAAACACUCACGUCCUACUACUGACAAAAAGACGUCUUAUUCCAAAGGACGUAGCACAAAAAGACAGUGAUGUCACCCAGCUGUUGCCAUGGAGACAGCCCUCUCCUAAACGAGCUGGCCUUAACGAGACUUAUCAGCUGGUGCUACAAAGACGAGUGGCCGGCUUUAGUCUUGUGGAAGAAGUCCAGUGGAGAUCAAAACUGUGUGUGUGUGUGUGUGUGUGUGUGCGUGAGUGCGUGCGCGUGUGAGCCUAAAGGGUUUCCACAAUACUUACACUUCUAAAGUGAGGGGGAGAAACGCUCGUUGAUUGCUGCAUUUCUCCCCUGUUUUAUUUCAGAUCAGUGGGCGAUGGCAGAAUUAAGAAAGGGAAAACAAGGUGUGGCUGAUGUAACUGAAUGUAAUGUUGAGAGGAGCCGAGUCUGAACAAAAAGUCUCUAUUUCUCUGCCAACUACAUUUUAGCCCCCCCCCCUUUUUUUUCCCCACCCCUCGCCUCGAUUUAUAGCAUGAUUUCAUUUAUAAAAAAAAAUCUCAGGUACUUACAUUUCUUAUCCUUUUUUAAAAGAUUAAUAUAAUUAUUUUUUUCUUUAAUUACAUUUCAGCGCCACUCACAUUUCAUUGGGCAAUGGAAUGUACCAAAGAGGUUUUUAGAAAAGGAGAGAACAGAACAAGCAUUAUAUAUAUAUAUAUAUAUAUAUAUAUAUAUUCCUUAACAUCAAAUGUAUCUACAGACUAACGGUCAGAAUGUUAAUUAACCUUUUCUCCUCCAGUAGGCCUGGUCACAUCCUUAUUUAAAGCGCCAACAUUUGGCUCGCAAAGUCAAUUAAUCCCCAUGGAAUCAUCACAAAAAGCUGAUUUGCUCGUAUACGGUACUGAUGCUUGAAGGAACGGAGAGCUCUAACGUCAUAAAUGAAGACAUCUAAAGCUUAUUAGCUGCCUUGCAACAUCCAGUUUUUGUUUCACCUCCUCCGAGUUUUAAACGCUUAAAGAUGUUUUACUGAAAGUCAUGAAACGCAAGUACAAAGUACAAUUACCGCUCCUAAAAAUGGAGCAUGAACUUAUUAACUCUUCCCCUCAGCAACCAAGCUAAUGAGUUUCCUUAUGCUUACUGACAAUUAGCAAGAAGUUAACAUGGUUGUUUUGUUUACCCUUUUUAGAACUUUUACAAUUCAAUGGACGGAUCUUAAGAACUAAACGCUAUGGGUGGAUAAACGGCCCAAUGUGCAACAAACUUUUCUACUCUGGUAUGGAUAGUAGUUUGCUCUACUCUCUGUUCCAGAGGACGAUGUCGACCAUGUUUGGCACAAACUGCUGCCUUAAUAUUCAUAUAGAGAGGUGGAAGAAGUGAUGGCACGAUAAACUGAUAUAGGGCUGCCUGUUGGGUUAGCUAACUAACCUCACAUGAAUAAGACUGUAUGAAACAUGGACGUCGUCUUGGUGACGUCAUCUAUUCGUUUCUGAAGGGGAAUUUUGAAGUCUGCAGAUGGAAAUCACCAUAUUGGAAAUGCUGUAAAAUUAAUUUUAGGUCAAACUAGAAACGGGGCGAGAGGUGUAGUUCAGGUAACACAAGUAUAACUUUUAGCGUUAAUCAAAACAAAUCCGACGAAUUACGAAAAAAUACGGAUAUAUCAUCCCUCUAAAGUCAUUCUGAAUAAAGAAAUGAGCGAUUCAGACCAAGGCCCCGUGUUUGAACCAGACUGUAAACCUGAGUAUUUGUUUAUUUCUGCUGUCAGAAUCAGCAUUUUUAACAGGGAUGAUAAUGGGAGGUUUUUGGAGCAAGCCUCAAGUGGACACUCGAGGAACUGCAGCUUGUUGCACUUAGCAUUGGCUUCAUUUUUCAACACCAGAGGUUAAUACUACCAGAGUUGUGUCGAGCACCAAUCGACAUUUUAUCCCAAGAGGAAAUUUACUGAUUUCACCUCAUCACUAAGUCUUGAUGCUUUUUUUCUUCGGUUUAUUUUUUUUUAUGUUUGAUUAACAAAUGAUCUAAAGAUGUCCCUUUUGUGCUAUAGGACAUAAUAGUGAUAAUUUUCAUCGUUUUCUUGCUAUUUGCAGACUAAAUGACCAAUCAUGCGUCACUAAGCUUCUAUAACCAAACGUGUCAUGUUCAGACACAGGCUGCAUUGGCCUGCUGCUUUGGGGAGUGACCAGGCCUUGGUAAACAGUGGAGACUGAUAGGGAGGUGAAACUGAUUCAAAUCUUUAAGUAUAAUAUAAUUCAGUGGUUUUCCUGUUUUGUAAUAAGAUGUAAGAGAACUCAUGGAACUCGACCUUGUUUUUCUACCUGGGCAGUGGUUUUUGGUGUGUUUGCGGUGUGACAUUAGGCCUCUUAAUGGGGUGUUAGAAAAUAUGAAGUCGCAGUAGGAGAAGUGGACAGGGACAGACUUUGUUGUGUGCCCAGUUCAUCUUGUUUCACGUCAUGGAAGUGUGUCGGGUCACUUUUUGGUUCAUGAAAGUCACAGUUUCUUGUGUUUCACUUUCGAUUUUUUAUUCUUUCUUUUUUGGAGACUGGUUCUGACUUGACUGAUUCUGAUAAUUGUCCCCCGUCUCCUCUGCUCGGCUGGUCUUUUUUAAUGAGCUGUGUGCGUGCGCGAGUGUGUGUUUUCGACAAAGAGACAAAAACUCACACAGCAGGACGCAGACAGACACUCCGAUGCCAGCCAGUGAAUUAUACCCUCAGUGGGUGUGUGUUAGUCGCUGGUCUCCUAUCGUUUCUCACCAGACGGGAGUCAUCCCGGGGGGGGGGUGGAGGGAUGGAGGGAGGGAGGUGGGCCCUUCUCUGCUCCUUUGAAGAGGGGAAGAUGGCCCUCGCGGGGCCUGGAUGACUGCCUCUCUCUGGGACUGUCGCUGUCUUUUCUCUCUGCUUCAUUUUCUCUCUCUAACUCUAUCAUGGCUCUAACCCCCCUCCUCCUCCCCCCCUCCUCCUCCUCUAAACUAGAUUCUGGCUCGACUUUCUGUCUUUUAGAACUCGUGGUCCAGAGCAACACAAAGCUCCUAAACUUGGUACUAGUCCAACCUUAUGUUUAAACACUUUCCGCUGACAUGAUUAAGAGCUUUACAGCACAGCCAACAGACGAGCAUUAGUGUGUUUCUUCUUCUUCUUGCUCCUGCGUUCAUUUGGAGGGUUUAACUUGUUUACUUUGAAGAAAGUUAUCUGCAAAACAAACUCAUGGUUAACCUUUUGACUUUUGGGCACCAAACUUCUCCUUCCAAUGUUGGUGAACAGGCAGGGUAUAAAAACACAACAAGCACAAGGUUAUGUUUACAUGAUCAUGGAGGAUAGUUUAAGAGAUUUUAAAAAGCUGCUGAUGGAGCCUUGUGUUGUGUUAUCUGCUCUCAAAGCUCCAUGUGCUUACUACUGAAUGAUUGUUUUUUUUCUCAGCGUGCGUGCGUGCGUGCGUGCGUGCGUGCGUGCGUGCGUGCGUGCGUGCGUGCGUGCGUGCGUGCGUGCGUGCGUGCGUGCGUGCGUAAAACCAAAGUGUGUGGUCGAGGUGGUGCAGAAUGUCUAAUCAAGUUGCCGGAUGUUGGGUUUUUUUCAGCACUUUUUCCCAGAACGUUCAUUUACCCAAACAGGUUUUGAGAUGUCGUAAAGAAAGCUGCAGCAUUUACUUAUUGAACAGCUCACGUUAAUGUAAAGGUCAACGCUCACUUGAAUGAUGAACUGGGAGUGUAAAAUGUCCCACUUUGUACCUUCAUCGGCCGAGUUAAGAGAUUACAAAUCACUGGAAACGAUCACUGUUUAUUCUUAAAUUGUGCACAUGAAUUGUUUGUGGAGAAUCUCAAAACCCUGAAUCAUUCAGUAUAGUCGGUUUUUACAUUAUGCAACAAGUCCCCUUUGGAAAAACUCUGUAACACUCUAUUUGUACUGUAGAUUUGUGAAAAGACAAGAGGCUCUAUUUGCUGUCCAGGGUUUGCAUGAAACACUGGCGACACUCCAAACAUCACCUCUCUCUCUAUAUAUAAUCACUACUGUUAUUGAUGAUUCUGUUUGAGACUCCUUCAACUUCAGAUCGGAUAAAGAACGGACCACCACAAUGAAUGUAUCAACCAUAAUCUCUCUGAUCUGUUCUCCCUACUUUGAGAACACAUCAGACGUUAUCUGAACUCAUGUACUCCUCGGUCUGUGCCGCUCAAGUGCUGCGAUGCAUAUCUGUACUGAAAUCACUCCGCAGGGUUGACAAAUUGGAUUUCAUAUCUCUUUUUAUGACUUGAUCUUUUUUUUUUUUUUCUUAAAGUGCAAAUUAUUUUCUCUGUAUCAUAUCACUACUGAUUUGCUGUAUUUAUUUCUUAUUUUCAGGGGGUUUAUAUCGAUCGAUCUUCAAGCUUUAGCAUGAAAUAAAUCAGUGCAUUUAAAAAAAAAAAAAAAUCACACGUUGUGGAGAUGAAUUCACUUUUGCAUGACACAUGUUUUUUUUAUUUUUAUAGAUGUUGAAAGGAAAAUCCAGAACUGGAAGAUCAAACUAACCAUGUGUGCACAGUGCCACAUUUCAUUUAAGCUGCAAUACAUGUUCUGGCCAACAGAGGGUGCUCUAA